UCCCGGGGGCACCGGGCAGCUCCGCCACAGUACCGGGGGGCUGCCGGGCGGCCCCGGGAGCCGCGGGAGGCUCCUCCUCCGCCCCGGCACCGCGGGCAGCGCGGCGCUGCGGGCGCCGGGACGCGCCGCGGUGCCUCACGCGUGCGGUAUAAGGAAAUGCUAGAUCUAGUGAUAUCACCCAGCCUGACUGUAAAUAGAGAGUGCCCUGACAGACUGAAGCUUAACCUUUCUCACAUUUAUGCCACGGCUCCAGAUGACAUAGAAGGCAGCAGCAAAGCAGCACCGCAGUGUCCUCUCCAUCUGUACACCACAAAACAUUAUCCCCACAUAGUGACAGUCCCGUCCUUCCCCACGAUGGCAGCCUAUGGACAGGCUCAGUACAGCACGGGAAUCCAGCAGGCUGCUGCCUACACUGCCUAUCCCCCUCCAGGGCAGCCCUACGGGAUCCCCUCCUACAGCAUUAAGACCGAGGACAGCCUGAGCCACUCUCCAGGGCAGAGCGGCUUCCUCAGCUACGGCUCCGGCUUCAGCGCGCCCGCGGCGGGGCAGGCGCCCUACACCUACCAGAUGCACGGCACAACAGGGAUUUACCAGGGAGCCAACGGCCUGACAAAUUCUGCAGGAUUCAGUGCUGUGCAUCAGGAAUACUCCUCGUACCCCAGCUUCCCUCAGAGCCAGUACUCUCAGUAUUACAGCUCGUCCUACAACUCCCCGUACGUGUCUGCCAACAGCAUCAGCCCCUCGGCCAUCCCCACCUCCACCUACUCCCUGCAGGAGCCCUCCCACAACAUCACCAGCCAGAGCACAGAAUCUCUCUCUGGGGAAUAUUCAACAACACCAGCAAAAGAUGUAGAGACAGACAGACAUCACAGAGGGUCGGAUGGCAAGGUACGAGCCCGGUCAAAAAGAAGCAACGAUCCUUCCCCUACUGCUGACAGUGAGAUUGAGCGUGUGUUUGUGUGGGAUUUGGAUGAGACGAUAAUUAUUUUUCACUCCUUACUCACGGGAACCUUUGCAUCCAGAUAUGGGAAGGAUACCACAACCUCUGUGAGGAUAGGUCUCAUGAUGGAAGAAAUGAUCUUCAACCUUGCAGAUACACAUCUGUUCUUCAAUGACCUGGAGGACUGUGACCAGAUCCACAUAGAUGAUGUCUCAUCAGAUGAUAAUGGUCAGGAUCUAAGCACGUACAACUUCUCUGCAGAUGGCUUCCACAGCUCCAGUGCCAGCGCCAGCCUGUGCCUGGGCUCGGGCGUGCACGGCGGCGUGGACUGGAUGCGGAAAUUGGCGUUCCGCUACCGCCGGGUCAAAGAGAUGUACAACACCUACAAGAACAACGUGGGGGGUUUGAUAGGAGCUCCUAAGAGGGAGACCUGGCUGCAGCUGAGAGCAGAGCUGGAGGCUCUGACUGAUCUCUGGCUCACCCAUGCUCUGAAGGCCCUGAAUUUGAUACAUUCCAGGCCCAACUGUGUGAAUGUGUUGGUCACCACAACUCAGCUGAUACCAGCUCUGGCUAAAGUGCUUCUCUAUGGGCUGGGCACUGUCUUCCCCAUUGAAAACAUUUACAGUGCAACAAAAACAGGGAAAGAGAGCUGUUUUGAAAGAAUAAUGCAGAGGUUUGGAAGGAAAGCCGUGUACAUUGUAAUAGGAGAUGGUGUUGAAGAGGAACAGGGAGCAAAAAAGCACAACAUGCCCUUCUGGAGGAUCUCCUGUCACGCUGACCUGGAAGCUCUUCGGCACGCCUUGGAACUUGAAUAUUUGUAGCAGACCCCAACAUCUGACACUGGGAGGGCUUCACUCAGACUCUGACAUCGGUUCCAGCUAUUCCUCAAUAUUUUUUAGUAAAAAAAAAUCCCACAGCAACUGCAGAUUUUCUUUGUUUUUGAAGGAGAACCCUUUGAGUGGAAGCCUUUAAGAACUUGCAGCCAAAGAAUAUUGUCCUCCUUCCUUUGGACAGAGGAAAAUGCUCCCGAUCAGUCCCUGGGAUGCUGCAGUUGCUGGCUGAGGUGGAGGCACAGAGCUCCAAUGGCCUUUUUGCCAUCAGCAAGGCAAAUGCUACAAGUCUGGGUCUCCCUGUCAGCAUCCUUGGUUUUCAGAGGGGAAGAAGGCACAGCAAGGAGUCUCUGCACAAUCCAUCACAUCACACAGGACCUUCUGAAAAUAGGAGUGAAACUGUUGAUUUUUUUUCUUUUGGUUGUGUCUUUUUUUGUAUUUUUUUAAUUUAUGAACUAAUCUCAUUACUCUGGUAUUAAGCUCUGUACCUGUUUUUCAUCUGGCUUUUGGGGGUUGGGAGGGGUGGGGAAAGUCUUACUGUUCUAAAUUAAUAGUUCAUUUCUCCAGAACAAACUCUGGGGAGAAUCAUAUUGUGUACAUGAGUAGUAAGGACACAUGGUACUGCUGGUAAGAACUGUGGCUGUGGUUUUGAACCUCACCAGGAGGGUACAUGGACUGUGCCUGUGCCUACACGGUGCCUUAUGCUGCCUUCUUGGGGCUGAGGAGGGGGGAAAGUACCUUGUGAUGAGUGAAAGGCAUUAAAUAAAAACAUGUUUACAUUUUGGGGGACUGGAGUACCUGCCUUCUCUCCCAGCACGCUUGGAUCUAAAGGUGGAAUGUGUGCUCCAUGUUUCAAGGCUGGCCUG